UGCUGGCUUUUCAUGGUUCUUUUCACAUGCUCUAUUAUCACCAGCUUAUGCAAUAGAUUACAACUUUCCACCUAGGCGGAUAAAUUCUGUCCCUUACUUAAAAUACACGGCCAUCUUCAAUCUAAUGUUGUGUUUUCUCCCGCUUUAUUCUUCCUCCUUCUGCUUUGCUUAAGAAUAUGUUAUUCUUUGCCCCAACAAUGACAUUCUUGCUGUACAUAUUUGUUCAGCUACAGAGUAUGUUCAUUUUCUUCUCAACUUAAAAGGCUCUGAUAUCGAUGUUUAGUUCUGUGGAUUGAUGACAUUGCUCGUUUUGGUGUGAAGAGACAUGGCAGAAGAAGAACUCAGCAGCUCUUUAGAGUUUACUCCAACGUGGGUGGUAGCAGGUGUUUGCUUUGUCAUUGUUCUGUUAUCUCUUUUUGCCGAGCGUGGUCUUCAUAAACUUGGAAAGUACUUGCUGCAUGAGAAACAAGAUGCACUAUAUGAAGCCUUACAAAAACUAAAAGAAGAAUUGAUGCUUUUAGGGUUCAUUUCCCUUCUGCUAACUGUAACUCAACGUUCCAUAAGCCGCAUAUGCAUCCCUGCCCAUGUCGCAACUCACAUGUUACCAUGUAAAAGGGAAACUGCUGAGCACAAAACCCCUGCACAUUACUUUCUUAAUCACUCUACAAACAAUGGUCGACGCCUUCUGUCUGCAGAAACAACUUCAGAUCACUGUCAGCUCAAGGGGAAGGUUCCAUUGUUAUCAUUGGAAGGAUUACAUCAUCUACACAUCUUCAUCUUUGUAUUAGCAGUUGUUCAUGUGAUCUUCUGUGUCUCAACCAUGGUUCUUGGAGGGGCAAGAGUACGACAAUGGAAGCGCUGGGAGGAAUCCAUCCAGAAGGAUCGAAGAAGUGGUAAAAGUACUGCUCAAGUUGGGCAUCACCAUCGUGCGUUCUUGAAAGAACGUGCAGAUGGAUAUUGGAGAAGAGCAGCUAUUAUAGGUUGGAUGAUAGCAUUCUUCAAACAAUUUUAUGGCUCUAUCACUAAGUCAGACUACAUUGCACUGCGGCAAGGGUUUAUCAAGGAGCACUGCCCUGGAAAUCCUGAUUUUGAUUUUCACAAAUACAUGAUGCGGACACUAGAAGUUGAUUUUAGAAAGAUUGUUGGGAUCAGCUGGUACCUGUGGCUCUUUGUUGUGCUGUUUUUGUUGCUGAAUGUGGACGGAUGGAACACAUACUUUUGGUUAGCAUUUUUACCGCUGAUUCUUCUGCUUCUAGUGGGGGCCAAAUUGGAAAACAUAAUUAGCCGUUUGGCUCAGGAUGUUGAACAAACAGGAGUACGUGCUAAUGAAGGAGCUACAAGAGUGAGGCCUUCAGAUGAACACUUCUGGUUUAACAAACCUAGGAUUGUUCUCAAUUUGAUCCACUUCAUUCUGUUUCAAAAUUCAUUCGAGAUUGCUUUCUUCUUCUGGAUUUGGAGCACCUAUGGAAUUCACUCAUGCAUCAUGGAAAAGUUGGGCUACAUCAUCGCAAGACUUAUUAUGGGUGUGAUAGUUCAAGUGCUUUGCAGUUACAGCACCCUACCAUUGUAUGUUAUCGUCACCCAGAUGGGUAGCAAGUUCAAGGAGGGAAUGUUCGAUGAAACGGUACAUGGUGCCAUCGGUAUAUGGGCUGAAGGUGCAAUGAGUAAAAGUGACGAUAGCAAGCGAUCCUCCUCACAUGGUAUACACAAAAUGAUCAACAAUGAAGCCUCCACAACUGUCGAUGUUGCAGAACAAGAAAUGGUUGUCAUGGAAAGAACUAUAAAUGUGCUCCCUUGUCAAGUCCAGCCACCUUCAUCCUCUUAGCUUUGUGUAUGAUUAAACUUGAUUUGACAUAAGCGAUAUAGUACACGUCUUGUACAAACAAUAAUUUCUGGUGAAGGAAUAAUACAAACAGGAAAGAACACAAGAGCUUUGGUAUUAUUUGAUUAUUACCAUGUACAAUA